UGGGUGGACGACAUGUGUUGUAUAUUUACAAUACAGAAAAUCGUUGGCAUUUAUGAUGAUUUUCAAGGCAGGUCUUGAGGUAGAACUUGUGGCGGAGAAAAGGAUGACGUAUGUGGCGCAUGAAAUAGCAGAGGGGCACCAACUGUUACUUCUGGAGGCCAUAUCUCAGAAAUCAUCUCUAAGUAAAAUAGAUGAGUUAAUAGAAGAUGGCGCUAGUGUAAACGGUGCAACAAAGAACGGAGUUCGCCCAUUACAUUCUGCCGUGGACGUGAAAUUUGCUGACUGCGUACGUUUAUUAUUAUCAAAAGGAGCGGAUGUUAAUCUUGCAGACGACAACGGAUUCACCCCUUUGCUCUUAUCCGCAAGUAAUGGAUGUUUCAAAGUAAUGAAAAUGCUGAUAGAUAAUGGUGCGAUAGUAAAUUAUUGUGGUGCAGAGGGAACAGAUGUUCCGAAAAGUAUACGAGAUAUGGGCUAUCUAACGUAUGAUCCCCUAAAUAUGGCCAUUGAAAAUAAUCACGAACAGUGUGUUAAGCUUUUGCUUGGAAAUGGAGCACAUGCAAAUAAACAUUACUACAUGGGAUACGAGAUAAAUUUGAUGCCAUUGAAUCACUUGUCGUGUUUAGAGUUACUGCUAAAGCAUGGAGCAAAUCCGAAUUCACUUAGUCGAUACGGUACAACGCCAUUAAUGAAAGCUUGUAAGGAGAACAUUACAAAAGCAGUAUGCCUUCUUAUAAAAUUUGGUGCGAAUGUAAAUUUAGGAUCUGGUACGUCUUUCAAUACGAAAACUCCACUUAAUAUUGCAAUCGAAUACAGUGACUUUAAUAUUGUAAACAUAUUACUGGAAAAUGGUGCCAACGUGUCAAUGGAGACGGGUUGUACAUACAGUCCGCUACACACAGCAGUUCUUGCGGGAAGAACAGAAGUAUGUCAGUUGUUAUUAUCAUCCGGUGCAAGCAUUGACGGUGUAUCAGAAGACGGGGUUUCUCCUUUGAUGCUUGCCGUCAAUUCUCCACGGCUAUCAAAUAGAUUGGAGAUUAUACAGCUAUUACUUCAUUUUGGAGCAAGUCCAAAUUUUUGUCAGAAUAAUUCAUCAUAUUCAACUGCAUCAAUCUCCGUUAUUGGAGAGUAUUUUAAAAACAACCAAAACAAAUUAGAUAGUAAUAUAUUGUGUUUGUUGCUAAAAUAUGGUGGAAAUAUAAAUAUUCGUGCUUGUUUGCCAUGUGGCAAGGUCGAUCCCUUUGGGAUACUUCCUUAUUUGUCUGACUCGUGUAGUGAAGAAAUAUUACGCCUACUGCCCGCUACAGCUAAGUGUAUUGACAGAGAAGCAAUCAAGAAAAGUGAUAAUUUAACCCAAGAUCAACGUGCCUAUUUGAUGUCCCUUACUGUAAAUCCACAGCCGUUGAUUGGAGUAGUCAGAAAUAGUAUUAUCGAUAGUUUUGGUAGAAAAUUAACAGACAAUAACUUUGUAGAUGACUUUGAAAUACCAACUAUUCUAAAGAAAUAUUUGAUACUUGUGCAUCCAGAAUAUUGAAGUCUUCUGUAAGACAUAUCUCCUUAGAAAUAACUAUCAACGUUAAAAUACCAUAAUGGUUGAAGGUUAUCACCCUUUUGAACAACAUUGUACUUUCGAAAAACUAGAUUUCUAUUUUUCGUAACGAUCUAAAAUAUGUUGUACUUGCACCUGUUGUUGCUCCAAAACAAAUAAAUCACGUGUCAUCAUAGAAUAUAAUAUGUCAAUCAAUUAAAGAAAAUCGAAAAAAAGAAAAAAAGGACAAUGUUGCUAUGCGUCAUAUUCAGUCUAGUC